CACACUCACAUUUCACACCAUAGAGAGAGAAACAUCAUAGAGAGAGAAAGAAACAAACAUGACAAAUGUGUGUAGCAUUUGUUUCUCUUUAACUUCAUUUCUUCACCGAUAAACACUCUCAAAACUUUAUCUUAUUUUCCUUUUUUUGCUCAAUCCUCUCCCCUCCAAUCCAACUUUCCCUUCUUUCUCUCUCUUCUCUCUCUCUCUCUCUCUCAUUCACUUUCUCUCUCACACGCAAUCCAUCAUAAAUUAACGCACACCCAUUUCCCAAAUCACGUUUACAGAUCCAAAUUUCUUCACUUUUUAACAUUUCCUCCUUCAAUUCUCAAUUGGGUCAUUCAAUUUCCAAAUAAAACAUCAUCCUCGUACCAAAACAAACAUACUAUUUUUUUUUUUCAUUUGUUAAUCCCGAAGUUACAAUUUUUUUUCACUCUCUUCAAAUUUUUCGAUCGAAAUUCUCACCACCCAUGUCUCGAUUCAUCUCGAGAUGCAAAAAAAUGAAGGAAAUGACGUCAUUUCCUGGGACCCACAUGGUAAUUUUGUCGGGUAACCGUCGAACCGGACUGAACCGUGUUCAACCAAUCUCAACUCACCUGAAUCACAUCAUGGUCGCCGGAAGUUCCACCGGACAUCGCCGCCGGGAAUCAUUAAUCGGAGUUCAGGAACGUUACAAGUGGGACCGUGGCGGGUCAGAUGACAGCAAUACCCAUAACCCGACCCGAAAGAUUCGGGCUGAGGCUAAUUGUCCUCGUUGUACCAAAGACAUGAACUUGUUCUUUUCAAAUCGCCAAUUUCCAUCUACAACUGAUUCUGAUUGUGGUGGUGGUGGUGGUGGCGGCGGUGGCGGUGGUGGUGGUUCAAAUUUGGAUCCUAAUGGUGGUGGUGGAGAGAGUGGUUAUCAAGCAGUGAAUCUAUGUCCAAAUUGUAAAACAGCUUAUUAUUUUCGUCCUUAUAACACAUCACCAUUACAAGGUACAUUUGUUGAGAUUGGUAGGGUAAGUGGUAGUAAUAAUAAUGGUGUUAAUAGUAAAUUAUCUAGGAGAGUAUCACAUGGAAAAGAUGGAGGUGGAAAUAGUAACAGUAAUAGUAUUAGUAAUAGCAUUAAGAAUGGUAACGGUGGUGAAGAUUUUGGACUUAAAGGUAGUGCUAGUAAUUGGCUUGAAGUUUCAUUAUGGGAUACUUUGAGAUCUUACAAUGGUGGGAAUAAUGGAGAGCCACCAGAGACUUGGCCUCCGCCGGUUGGUGGUGGUGGUAAUGGCAAUGGUUUGGCGGUGCAUACGCCUCCGGGACCUCCUUUUGCGCCAGGGAUUAAUGUUAUUCGGGCACCGAGGGAGGGUGGUUCGGGUGGAGUUAACGGUGAGAAGAAUACAUGGGGAGGGUCUAAUUUGGGGAAGGAUUUGCCUACACCAAAGGAGAUUUGUAAGGGUCUUGAUAAGUUUGUUAUUGGCCAAGGUAGAGCCAAGAAGGUGCUUUCUGUAGCUGUUUAUAACCACUAUAAAAGAAUAUACCAUGCCACUUUACCAAAAGGGUCGGGCUUAGAUUCAGAAGUAUUAGAUGAUGACGAAGCUGUCGAGCUAGAAAAGAGUAACGUUCUCUUGAUGGGUCCAACAGGAUCAGGGAAGACAUUACUUGCAAAAACAUUAGCUCGAUUUGUGAAUGUUCCAUUUGUCAUUGCUGACGCAACAACAUUAACACAGGCUGGUUAUGUUGGAGAAGAUGUUGAAUCGAUACUACAUAAACUACUUUCGGCAGCAGAUUUCAAUGUUGCAGCAGCUCAACAAGGAAUAAUUUACAUUGAUGAAGUUGACAAGAUAACUAAGAAGGCCGAGAGCUUAAAUAUCAGCCGGGAUGUUUCAGGCGAGGGUAUAGUAAAUGUUCCGGAGAAAGGAGCCAGGAAACAUCCGCGAGGUGAUAACAUCCAGAUGGACACAAAGAAUAUUCUUUUUAUAUGUGGUGGAGCAUUUAUCGAUCUCGAAAAAACCAUUUCAGAGAGACGACAAGAUUCUUCUAUUGGUUUCGGAGCACCAAUUCGUGCCAACAUGAGAAGUGGUAGGAUAAUCGAUUCUGCAGUAACAUCGUCUUUGCUUGAAUCGGUGGAAAGUUCUGAUCUUAUUGCAUAUGGCCUCAUACCAGAGUUUAUUGGACGAUUCCCCAUCUUAGUUAGCUUGUCGGCUUUAACCGAAGAGCAACUUAUGCAGGUCUUCACCGAACCAAAAAAUGCUCUUGGUAAACAGUAUAAGAAAUUAUUUAGCAUGAAUAAUGUAAAACUACACUACACAGAACAAGCUCUGAGACUGGUAGCAAAGAAAGCAAUGGCCAAAAACACUGGUGCCAGGGGUUUAAGAGCCUUACUCGAAAACAUUUUAACUGAUGCCAUGUUUGAGAUUCCGGAUAAUAAGUCGGGAAGUGACCGGGUUGAUGCCGUAGUUGUUGAUGAAGAAUCGGUAGGUUCACUAAAUGCUCCUGGAUGUGGAGGGAAAAUUCUUCGCGGAGACGGUGCUUUGGAGCAGUACCUAGCUAAGACAAAGGAUUCAAUGGUGAAUGUUGAAGUAGCUCAAUCAGAGUUACAAGAGAGGGAUUCAGAUAUUUCAUCAAGAGCCAUGAGCAUGUAACAUUAUAAUAUUAAUUGUAUAAUUGUCAUUGUUAUUUGUAAAAAUAACAUUAAAAAGAAAAAUUGAUGUAAUUAUCCCUUGUAUAACAGCAUAGCUACUGGUCUAAAUUCUCAUAGAAUAGGAAGGAAAUAAGAAAGAAAAAACAAAAAAAGAAAGGUGUAGUGUAGCAUUGCUAAUUUAGGCAGCACAUUAUACAGAUUUUCAUUUGUUCUUAAAGAAUCGUUAUUGUAGUCAUUUUUUUCUUCUCUGAAGUUGAUGGUUAUUCUCAUUUCUCCAACUUAAUAAUAUCAGGAUUUGUAA